CUCUCUCUCUCUCGCUCUCGCUCUCGCGUGGUCCAAGCUCGUUUAUAGUACCUAACCCUCCUUAGGUCGAUUCACGCUAACAGUCGUCUCUCUCCCUCUCUCUCUGUCUCUGUCUCUCCAAAUCUUUGUUCCAUUGUUGUUUCACAGUUUCAAUCUGCAAACAUGCAUGCCAAUCACUUGCUUCUCGAAGAGCCUAUCAGGAUGGCCUCCAUUCUCGAGCCAUCUAGAGCCAAUUUCUUCCCCGCAAUGACAAAGAUCGUUGGGACUUUGGGCUCCAGGUCUCGAUCUGUCGAGGUCAUCUCUGGUUGCCUUAAAGCUGGAAUGUCUGUGGCUCGAUUCGACUUUUCGUUGGGGGAUCCUGAGUAUCACCAAGAAACUUUGGAAAACUUGAGGGCUGCUGUGAAGGCCACUAAUAAGCUUUGUGCUGUUAUGCUAGAUACAGUGGGUCCUGAGUUGCAGGUUGUCAACACCAUUGAGAAAACUAUUUCACUUGAGGAGGAUGGUAAAGUUGUUCUAACUCCUCAUAAUGGUCAGGAAGCCUCUCCUGAAGUGUUGCCUAUCAACUUUUCUGGACUGGCAAAGGCAGUGAAGAAGGGAGACACCAUCUUUAUUGGUCAAUAUCUGUUCACAGGAAGUGAGACUACUUCUGUUUGGUUGGAGGUAGAUGAAGUGAAUGGAGAAGACGUGGUUUGUGUGAUAAAGAAUACUGCAACUUUGGCUGGCUCAUUGUUUACCCUACAUGCCUCACAAAUUCACAUUGAUUUGCCUACCCUCUCUGAAAAGGAUAAGGAGGUCAUUAGUACAUGGGGUGUAAAAAACAAGAUUGACUUCCUCUCACUGUCAUAUACUCGGCAUGCAGAAGAUGUUCGUGAAGCCCGUGAAUUCCUAGCCAAGCAUGGUGAUCUUAGUCAGACCCAAAUUUUUGCAAAAAUUGAGAAUGUAGAGGGUUUGACCCACUUUGAUGAGAUCCUACAAGAGGCAGAUGGUAUUAUCCUUUCUCGUGGAAAUCUUGGCAUAGAUCUCCCACCUGAGAAGGUGUUCUUAUUUCAAAAGGCUGCUGUUUACAAGUGCAACAUGGCUGGAAAACCUGCAGUGGUAACUCGUGUUGUAGAUAGUAUGACUGGCAAUCUUAGACCAACUCGUGCAGAAGCUACUGAUGUUGCGAAUGCUGUACUGGAUGGAAGUGAUGCAAUUCUUCUUGGUGCUGAGACUUUGCGUGGAUUGUACCCUAUUGAGACAAUAUCUAUUGUUAAAAAAAUUUGUGCUGAGGCAGAGAAGGUUUUCAAUCAAGACCUGUAUUUUAAGAAGACUGUCAAAUAUGUUGGAGAACCAAUGAGCCACUUGGAAUCCAUUGCUUCUUCUGCGGUAAGAGCUGCCAUUAAGGUGAAGGCAUCAGUUAUCAUUUGCUUCACUUCAUCUGGAAGGGCUGCAAGAUUAAUUGCGAAGUAUAGGCCAACAAUGCCAGUUCUAUCAGUAGUCAUUCCUCGUCUCAAAACAAAUCAACUAAAGUGGAGUUUUAGUGGUGCAUUUGAGGCGAGGCAGUCGCUUAUAGUCAGAGGUCUUUUCCCCAUGCUUGCCGAUCCUCGACAUCCUGCUGAGUCUACAAGUGCGACAAAUGAGUCGAUUUUGAAGGUUGCACUUGAUCAUGGGAAGGCCUCAGGAGUCAUUAAGUCACAUGACCGAGUUGUCAUUUGCCAGAAAGUUGGGGAUUCAUCUGUUAUCAAGAUUAUUGAGCUCGAAGAUUAGAACACUUCAGUUUUCCUCAUUAUGAGCCAUUCUUUCCCAAGUUUUGGAAUUGGUAAUGGGACUUUGCUGCCAUCCCUCUUACGAGGUUCAAAUCUGGAGGUUUCAGACUCUUCUUAUAAUUUUCACAUAGUAUAAAUGUACACUGGGCAAUUCCUUUUUGUUUAAGUCGUGGAAAUUUUGCCUGUGAUUCCCUUUUUGGUUCCUGCAUCUAUGUAUGCUUUAGGCUUUAUUUUAUUUUAAUUUUUUGGCGUUGCAUCGAUGAACAUGCUUCUGGUUUAAGCUGUGGGAUUUUCAUUUUUCUUAGUUACAUUUUAAGGGUAGCUUUGAUCUGCCCAAGUGUAAUUUGGAAUUUGCUUAAUAUUAUACCUAAAUCUUUCUUAUAAAAAUUUGUGUUGGUUUGGGAUUU